GAAACAAUGGGCCCCGAUUGGUUGGUGGAGAGAACAGGUGCUCUGGGCGAGUGGAGGUCCUGCAUGGAGAGCAGUGGGGAACGCUGUGCGGUGUUUACUUUGACUUACAAGACGCCAAUGUGGUCUGUGAACACCUUUUUUGCGGGACUGUAAAGUCGAUCCCGAGAGAUGCUCGAUUUGGGAGGGGAGCCCGACCAGUGUGGAAGGAAAACUAUGAAUGCCAUGGAAACGAGCGACGAUUGUGGAACUGUCCAGUUUCACAUGGGGAAAGCUUCAACUGUUCACAUGGAAAUAUGGCCAAUGUCAUCUGCUCGGAUGAAAAUUGGGCGCUAAGACUAGUGAAUGGAGAAAGCCGCUGUGAUGGCCGAGUUGAAGUUUACUCUCAUGGAAGCUGGGGCGGAGUGCAUGACACCGUGUGGGAUCAGAAUGAUGCCAACGUUGUCUGCAGACAGCUGGGAUGCGGUUAUGCCUUAGAAAUAUAUAAUUCUUCAAAGUACGGGGAGAGUGAUGGUGGUUCGUGGGUACAUGUUGUCCAAUGUCAUGGACAUGAAUCACAGCUCCAGGACUGCAGGAUCUCCAACACAUUGAAUUCGUCUGACAUCGAAGGCAGUAGCGUAGGGGUCCUCUGUUCAGGUAAGUAGACUCUUCACAUUUAAACCA